CUCCAAGUGCGUAACUUAGUAACCGUCACCUUAUCGUGAGCCUUCUGGAGAAAAACCCUAUCAAAACCUCCAGUACUUCAAACCCUUUGAUCGAUCGUAGUUUUGUGUUUGAUCAGUGAUCAUAUCGAGUAUUUUCGUGUUCUGGGUAUUAUAUACACACAGUGACAGUUAUAUAUAUAUAUAUAUAUAUAUUUAUAUAUGGCGAAAAAGAGGAGUGUUGGGGAUUUGAAGGAGGCCGAUUUGAAGGGGAAGAGGGUAUUGGUUAGGGUUGAUCUCAACGUGCCUUUGGAUGACAACUUGAAUAUCACAGAUGAUACUAGGAUCAGGGCUGCUGUGCCCACCAUCAAGUACUUAAUGGGUCAUGGUGCCAAAGUCAUUCUUUGUAGUCAUUUGGGACGCCCAAAGGGCUUCACACCCAAGUAUAGUUUGAAGCCACUUGUGCCUCGGUUAUCUGAGCUCCUUGAAAUUAAGGUUGAAAUGGCCAAUGAUUGUAUUGGUGAGGAAGUCGAGAAAAUGGUGGCAGCACUCCCUGAAGGAGGUGUUUUGCUUCUUGAGAAUGUGAGGUUUUACAAGGAGGAAGAGAAGAAUGACCCUGAGUUUGCAAAGAAGCUAGCCUCUCUUGCAGACCUCUAUGUCAACGAUGCCUUUGGCACAGCUCACAGAGCCCAUGCUUCCACGGAAGGUGUUGCCAAGUUUCUAAAGCCCGCUGUUGCUGGUUUUCUUAUGCAGAAGGAACUUGAUUACUUGGUAGGAGCUGUGGCAAAUCCCAAGAAACCCUUCGCUGCCAUUGUUGGUGGCUCAAAAGUUUCUACUAAGAUUGGGGUAAUGGAGUCUCUCUUGGCAAAGGUUGAUAUUCUGCUGCUUGGUGGAGGUAUGAAAUUUACAUUUUAUAAAGCCCAAGGACACUCUGUGGGCUCAUCCCUUGUGGAGGAAGACAAGCUUGAUCUUGCAACGUCACUACUUGAGAAGGCCAAGUCCAAAGGGGUUUCGCUAUUACUACCAACUGAUGUGGUUAUUGCUGACAAAUUUUCUCCAGAUGCUAACAGCAAGGUUGUGCCAGCAUCUUGCAUCCCAGAUGAUUGGAUGGGGUUGGACAUUGGACCCGAUUCGAUCAAGACUUUCAGUGAAGCGUUGGAUAGUACUAAAACUAUCAUAUGGAAUGGACCUAUGGGUGUGUUUGAGUUCGAGAAGUUUGCAGCAGGAACAGAGGCAAUAGCAAGGAAGUUGGCAGAUCUGACUGGGAAGGGUGUGACAACAAUUAUUGGAGGUGGUGACUCGGUUGCUGCGGUGGAGAAGGUAGGGCUUGCAGACAAGAUGAGUCAUAUCUCAACUGGCGGUGGUGCCAGCUUGGAGCUUCUCGAGGGCAAGCCUCUUCCGGGAGUUCUUGCUCUUGAUGACGCCACCACAGCCGCUCUCUGAGGCAAUUCCCCCCCUAAUCUUUCCACCAUCUUCAGCACAUUUUGCGGGGAUUUUGUUAGAACAGUUUGUAUUAUAAAUUGAGCAGCAUCUUUAGAGCCAUGUAUCUUUAUAAAUAAAAAUAAUGUGGCUCUCUCAAGCUGGUUUGGUGCUGUGGACCAGGCUAUGGUGGUGUAUCGCCUGUGAUCAAAUUCCAUUAACAUGGAUUGCACUUUUUUUUGAAACCACCUCUAAUAUUUUUCUUUAUUUUAAACCUUUUUAUCUUUUUU